AUGAGUGCAGGCUAUGUAGACCUGUUGUCUUUGAACCCACGGUUGAUGAAGGAGGUAUCGAAAAUUUUCUCCGUGCAACAUGAUGGGUUGGGUAAGGGGGCUCUUAUAUUUUCAUCUUGUUUUCAACAGGAUCACUACUAUAAAAAAUAUUAG